CAAAACAGACCGAUUCCACUUCUCUGAUCAAUAAGAGCUGUAAAAAUAAAAGAUGCCAAAUGACCAGAUGGCUCCUAGGUGUUUGGAUUUAUCACUUUCCCCUCGAUUUUGAUGCAGUUCCCCCUCCAUUUGGCUCCCUCACCUUCUACCUCCGCCGGUGUGGAGAGCUGAAGAAAAGGAUUGACAUUUUUUUAAUAUAGAAGAGAGAAAGAAAAAAAACAUCAAGUAAUAAUAAUCCCCUGCUGCCAGUCUGCUUCGUAUGAUGUAUGAGAGUGUGGACGUUGUGGGACUGAAUCCCAGCCCGAACCCGUUUUUAAUGAUGGAUUACUACAACCAGAGCAGAGGAUGUUUGAUCCCGGAGAAAGGAGGACUGGUGCCGGGUGCACCCCAUCCCUACAGCACGUCCAUCAGGAACCAGCACUGGAACGGCUCCAACCACUCUAUCGAGACCCAGAGUACCAGCUCAGAGGAGAUAGUGCCAAGCCCGCCCUCGCCUCCCCCACCGCCCCGCGUCUACAAACCCUGCUUUGUGUGCCAGGACAAGUCCUCAGGGUACCACUACGGUGUCAGCGCCUGCGAGGGCUGCAAGGGGUUCUUCAGGCGGAGCAUCCAGAAGAACAUGGUGUAUACCUGUCACCGGGAGAAGAACUGUAUCAUCAACAAAGUCACACGCAACCGCUGCCAGUACUGUCGGCUGCAGAAGUGCCUGGACGUGGGGAUGUCCAAGGAGUCAGUGAGGAACGACAGGAACAAGAAGAAAAAGGAUGAGAAGAAGCAGGAGUGCACGGAGAGCUACGUGAUGACUCCUGACACGGAGCAGAUGAUCGACAGGGUCCGCAAGGCCCACCAGGAGACUUUCCCCUCUCUCUGCCAGCUGGGCAAAUACACUACGACUAACAGCUCAGAACGACGCGUGUCCUUGGAUGUAGAUCUGUGGGACAAAUUCAGCGAGCUCUCCACCAAGUGCAUCAUCAAGACGGUGGAGUUCGCCAAGCAGCUGCCAGGCUUCACCACGCUCACCAUCGCUGACCAGAUCACUCUCCUCAAAGCAGCCUGUCUCGACAUCCUGAUACUGCGGAUCUGUACACGCUACACGCCAGAGCAGGACACCAUGACCUUCUCCGAUGGACUCACGUUAAACCGGACCCAGAUGCACAAUGCCGGCUUCGGUCCCCUCACUGACUUGGUUUUUGCAUUUGCCAAUCAGCUUCUUCCUCUGGAGAUGGACGAUGCAGAGACAGGGCUCCUCAGCGCCAUCUGUUUGCUGUGUGGAGAUCGCCAGGACUUGGAGCAGGCGGAUAAAGUGGACGUCCUUCAGGAGCCUCUACUGGAGGCGCUGAAAAUUUACGUGAGGAAAAGGAGGCCCCACAAACCGCACAUGUUCCCCAAGAUGCUGAUGAAGAUCACCGACCUGAGGAGCAUCAGUGCUAAAGGAGCUGAACGGGUCAUCACCCUGAAGAUGGAGAUUCCUGGCUCCAUGCCCCCUCUCAUCCAGGAGAUGCUAGAAAACUCUGAAGGUCUGGAGAAACAGCAGAAGGCGGAAAGUCCAAAAAAACAGACUCCAAAGAAGUCACCAACAAACAAAAAAGCUUCACAAAAAGCUCCUACACCUGAGAAGAAAUCGCCAAAAUCUAAUACUCCCAAGGUUGCAUCACCAGGAGCCAAGAUGCCCACAUCCAGAUCAUCUUCUCCCAGGGCUGCUUCUCCUGGAAACAAAAUGCCAUCUUCUAAGGCUUCUCCCAAAACUCCUGGAGGAGUAACCAAGAAUGAAACCCCUCAGUCCAACAAACAGCCUAAAACUCCAGGCCAGGCAACACCGGGGAAAACCCCAGUUAAUCCUGACACCUUCACACCCACGGUGCAAGGCCGCUUCUCUGUGUCACGCAUCAGCACUCCAUCUCCAGUAAGUGAAAAUGCCGCCCCUGAAGAAAUGCCAGCAGUCGGUGUGACUCCGAGGAGGAAGAGCAUGAGGAGCACCACAAAGAAGACACCUGUUGUUUCCAUAAGUGCUGUGAAAGUUAUGAGGAGAAGUGGAAUUUCACGGGCCUCUAUGAAAAUUAAAACUUCAUUUGCAGACAUUGUUAAGUUUGGACAAGCUAAGACCAGUGCAGUUGCUCUAGCUAAAAAACAGGUUGUUAAAAAACCCACAAGGAAGGCUGCAACUAAACCCCAGACACCAGCAAGAAAACUCCAGGACCAUGUCAGCACUGGACACGCCGACUCCCCCAUGACAAUUGUUGUGGGCAGAGCCCACAAACGCCAGGUUGUCCAGCCAACCGGUGCUGCACCGAGGAUGGUCACCAAUGUUAUACUUGGCAAAAAGAUCAUGAAGAUGGAUGAAGAUCUGACAGGAAUUUCUGAGAUGUUCAAAACACCUGCACAUGGAAGAAAGAGGAAGUCUAUAAUGGACAAGAGUCUCACUGAGUCACCAAAAGGACUUCCGAGCACUCCUGUAGUUGAUCCCUCGGUUCUGAACACCCCAGAAGAACCAGGGGAAAUGAUGGUGUCGCCUCUAAGUGUGGUAUCCACAGGUAGAGGCAGAAGAUUUACCAGUGAAGCAGUUCAACGCCUCCUGAAAGAAGAGCAAGAAUCAAGUUUUGUUAAUGACGUUCUGGUCUUGGAGACUGAAGAAGAAUCAAGUGACCCACAAAGUGGUGAAGGUCCAGUGGAAACACCAAAACAGAAACCAGACCAGCCACUGUUUCUGACUCCAAGGCCUAGGGUGGAACCCUUGGAUGAUCUGAGAGGUACACUUUUGAAGACUCCUAAGCAGAAACCUGAACAAAAAGACUGCCUCACUGGAGUGAAGAGGAUCAUGAAGACCCCAAGAGACACCAUCGAGCCUGUGGAGGACAUCAGAGGGAGACUUCUAGUCACACCCAAACAGAAACCUGAACCAAGGGAUUGCCUUACUGGAGUUAAAGAAAUCUUUGACAUUCCUCAGUGGGAGGACAAAGUGUUAGAAGACCUUCAAGGAAAACUCGAGACUCCUGACGCUUCCAAGGCUGAGGGUAUGAGUCCAGUAGCAUCUGAAAUGAUGGACAUGUUGACACCAAAUGUGAAGGCUACUCAAAUGGAAUGCCUGACAGGUGUGAAGAGAAUAAUGAAAACACCAAAAGAGAAAGGUACUCCAGUCGAAGACAUGGUUGGUGUGAAGAGGAUCUUGACAACUCCCAGACAAAAAGGUGAACCGGUGGAGGACAACUUUGGCAUUAAGAGACUUGUGAAGUCACCCAAGCAGAGGGGUAAUGCUCCGGUGGAGGACUUUGAGGGGCUUCAACAGCUUAUGGAAGAACCACUUUCUGAUCGUGCAGAAGCAAUCAUUGUUGAGCUUGAAGAUCAGGCAGUUCCAAAUUGUGGUGUAGACAUUCCCCAAGAAGCUACAGUUUCUGAUCAAACAAGCGAGAUGUUGCCUGAAGAUGCUUGCGAACCAUCUCCUGCCCAAGAAACUGUUUUGGGCACCACCGUAGUUGAUAGUGUCCCUGUGGAAGAACCCAUUGAGGCUGCUGAAAUUCUGAAUGUACCUGAGGAACGAGCAGAAGAGGAGAUAAGUGUUGAUACUGUCACACAGAUGAGUCCAGUGGUGGAGAAUGCCCCUGAGAAGAAACCUGUUCGUGGGCAGAGAGCAAGAGCUGCCGAGUCCAACGAAGCUGAGGGUAGCAUACCCCUAGGCUCUGAAGUCACCGAAGCACCUGCUACAGUCAAAGGAAGGAGGGGAAAAAAACCUGAAGCCACAGUGACAUCUACUGUCAGACAAACAACAAGGAGCAGAAAUGCAAAGACUGAGACCCAGGAAAUCAAGGUUGCGGUGGAACAAUUCACCCCGAAAUCUUUGAUUAAAUCUAAAAAAGGGAGAAAUGCCGAAAAAGCACUUGAGGCUGAAAUGGUGCAAGAGGCUAGAAACAAGAUGGAAGUGGAAACCGAGGGAGAACAGAACCUCCCGGUGGAAGACAACCCUCCUACAAAUGACCAUGUGGUUCCUGAGGAGAAACUGGAUUCAAAGCCAAAAAGAGGAAGAAAAAUAAAGCAUCCUGAAAUCCAUGAGUAUGUGCCAGAGCAGAGAGACCUGAAUACAGGUGCAACUGAUCUUUGUGAUGACUUGGUGGAGGUAGUGCCCACAGGAAACGAUGACAACAAACUAUCAGAAGUCAUGGAAACAGCUGCACAGGUCCCAGUAACUGAGACAUUAUUUAGUGUGGAGGCUGACAAGGAUGCAUCUAUUGUUCAGAAAAAAUCUGGUCCAGGCACCAGAGCAAAAAUGCCCGAAAUUAAACAGGAGGGAGGAGACAUGUCGGAAGACAAUACCAUCACUGCCUCAGUCAGAGGAAGAAGAGGGAGGAAAAUUGAAGCUGUGGUGCUGCCUGCUGCUCGUCAGACAACACGAGCAAGGAAAGUUAGGCUGCAAGAAACCAACUCCAAUGACAAUUCUGAAGUUGUUCCAGAGAAAUCUGCAGAAACCCAACCAACAGCUGAGGAAAACAAGACAGAAGAAAAUGCUGUUGUUAAGCCCAGACGGGGGAGAAAAGCUACACAGACACCUUCUGUUCCACCAAAGACAGAGAAAGAAAACAUGGUUGAACUUAAGGCUGUGGGAAAUGUCAGUCAGGAAGAAAAUGAUUCUGUCAUAAAGGAAGCUGUGGUUAAGCCUACGCGAGGUAGAAAAGCAAAACUAACAUCUGUUAAGCCUCCACAGCCAGAACCAGAAAAAACAGAAGAUGAGGUUGAUCAGAUUUAUUCACAUGCCACUCAAGAGGAAAAUGAAUUUACACAGAUGGCACCAGUGAGACCAGUCAGAGAGAAAAGAACAAAACAAAAACCAGCAUCAGAGUUGCCUCAGACAGAGCCAGAGAAAACUGAGGUUGAUGAGCCCGUCGUCCAAGAACCUCAGCACACAACAGUCACUAAGAAGCCCAGAAAAGGGAGAAAGAUACAAUGUGAUGCUGUUGAACAAAAUGACAUCACAGCUGUUGUAAAGACGAAGCAGGAGUCGCAGCCUUCAGUCAGAACAAGGGGACGAAAUGCCAAGCAGGAAGAAAAGGUCAUGAAAAAUAGCACCGAUUUGGCCAGGUCAUCCUUUACUGAUGAUCCAAUUAAGAAAUUGAAACGAACCAGGAAGACGGAGCAAGAUGAUGUUGAGCCAAGAAAAGAAAUCCAGGCUGAAGUAGUCGUUCCUCAGGAGGCUGAAGUUAAAUCUGCUGUAGAACCACAGGAGAUCAUCCCUGUGUCUGUAAAACCACGGAGAGGAAGACUGGCCAAGAAAUGCCAUGAUGAUGAAAUCUCAGAGUCUAUUGAGGUAAAAGAGGUUCCCGCUGUCCAGUCCAGGAAACCCAGACAGGGCAGGAGAGGAGUGACUGUUGAAGAGGAUGUAGCCACUGUUGAGGUACUGGAGGAGAAUUCUGAAAACCUGCCAGAAGCUGAAAAUGCCAUUGAACCAGAUACUCCAGUUACCAAAGCGGUCAGGAGAAGAGGAGUCAAAACAUCUAUCAAAGAUGAGAGUUCACAAGUCAAUCCAGCCAAGAGAGCACGCCGAGGAGCUACUGCUGCCCCUGCUAAGGAGGCCAGCGUAGAACCCACACUCAAGCCCUCCUCACCUGUGUCAAACCCAGUGGAGCUUCCAAAAAGAGGAAGAAGAGUAGCAGCAGCAGUGACAAAACUCAGACUAGAUAAACCACUGGUGAGCAAUGACCUGCCAGAUCUCCCUGAUGAUUCUAAAAAUGCUGCUGAUCCUCAAGACCCCAAAACCAACAAAAGAGCUGUUCGCUGGAAGGUGGACAUGGAAGUCUUUGACAUUCCCAAAUCAACACCCGGGAAGCCUGUUAGAGGCAGAAGGACAAAGCUUGUUGACCAAGUUGAGCAAGAAAAGAAAGAUGAUACCAGCAAAUCUGAAGAGAAGGAUCUCUCAGGUGAAGUGGUCGAAGUUCAACCCAUGAAAAAAGCCAGACGAGGUGCAAAGGUCAAUGAGAAGCCCAAGACACAUGUUGAACCUGAGAUACAGCCGCAAACCAGAAGAGGAAGAUCGGCAAGAAAAUGAUGACAUUGGUGUAUAUAUUCUCUACAUUAUCUUUAUCCUUACUUGUGUAUGUUUUAUUUUAAAUCUUAGUUUUAAAGGCUUGAUUUGAAUUUGAAGCACUGUCUUCCCCCCUCCCCCACCCCCUUUGACUCGUUUUAAAACGGCAGGGAAACUUGUAUGAACCAUUGUUUUUUGACAAGUUGUAUGUUAUUCAUUCAUAAUACUGCAGCUUUUUACAGGAUACAUGAUUAAAAAAUUUUGUACAAUGAAAAAAA